AUGGAGACGUCAGCGCCCUCUGCUGAUGACUCAGCCUCUAUCACACAGCCCGAUUGUUUCAGCUACAAUGACACCAUGCAUCCCUACGUACAAUUCAGAGCAUUUAAUGAAUUUUCCGCCGUGUCUUUCACUUGUAACAACAAUUUCACGAAAGGGAUAAAAGUCUCACCUGAUGGUCUUUGUCUCUUAACCAGUAGUGACGAUCAUAUUCUUCGUCUAUUUGAACUAAAUCAUGAUAAGUCCCAUUCCAGUACGAGUCUACUACAAGCCAAAGAAGGUGGUACAGUGUACGACUACGAGUGGUAUCCACUCAUGUCGUCCAGUGAUCCAAAUUCGUGUGUUUUUGUAAGCACCAGUCAAGACCAGCCAGUACAUCUAUGGGACGCCUAUACGGGGGAACUCCGAGCUUCUUAUCGAGCUUUUGACCAUAUGGAUGAGCUAGCAAGUGCUCAGAGUCUGGCAUUUAGUUCUACAGCUACCAAGCUCUUUGCCGGUUUUGACCGGAUCAUUCGAUUCUUUGAUCUGUCGCAACCCAGUAGAGACUUUAGGGCCAGACCAUUAAGCAAGACUCGACGCUCUCGUAAAGGUCAGCGAGGGUUGAUUAGUACGCUGCAUUUUAAUCCUGAUCAUUCCAAGAUUUAUGCGGCGGGGUCGUAUGGCGGAACGACUUGUGUGUACACUGAGGACGAGGGGGAAGAGCUACUGACACUGCGCGAUCAUGACGGUCGUGGAAUUACUCAAGUACGAUUUUCUCCAUGUGGACGGUUCCUAUUUACGGCUGCGCGACACGAUGCACGGAUUCAUUGCUGGGAUAUACGUGCAACGAAUGAGAUUUUGCAUUCCUUCAACCGUGUAGCUGACACGAAUCAACGGAUAGAAUUUGAUUUGCAUUGCGGCGGGAGAUAUUUAGCUACUGGUAGUCGCAAUGGUCGAGUCAUGCUUUAUGAUGUGCUAACUGGAGAUCUGUUGGACGAGAGUAUUCGGUUACCUGACUGUGCCAAUGGAGUGUCGUUCUUCCCUGACGUCUCCAAAGCCAGGAUUGCUGUUUGCAGCGGCCAAAGGCACUACAAUUUGCCGGAAGAUAUGCAGGAUGAGAACGAUGACAUUGUCAAUGGAAAUGAAGUGGCCAAAGAGACACAACUCAACUCGAAAGUGCGAAAUGUGCUUGAGGUGUAUGACUUUCAAAUGCCUCAGGAUGAAAGCAAACACGAUGCUUCUGAAGGACCGUCGAACGAGCCUGCUGAUUGA